UUCUCGACCGUGUUCGUGGUCCGCACCCACGGCGGGCUCCGCUGCGCGCUGAAGCGCAUGUGUGUCAACAACGUGCCGGAUCUCAACACGUGCAAGAGGGAAAUCACCAUUAUGAAAGAGUUGUCUGGACACAAGAACAUCGUGAGCUACUUGGACUGUGCUGUUAACUCCAUAGGUGAUAAUGUGUGGGAGGUUCUGAUCCUCAUGGAGUACUGUCGAGCUGGGCAGGUUGUGAACCAGAUGAACCAGCGCCUGCAGACGGGCUUCACGGAGUCGGAAGUCCUGAGAAUAUUUUGUGACUCCUGUGAGGCUGUUGCUCGGCUGCAUCAGUGCAAAACGCCUAUAGUUCACCGGGACCUGAAGGUGGAGAAUCUCUUGUUAAACGAUAAUGGGAACUAUGUUCUCUGUGAUUUUGGUAGUGCCACUAACAAGUACCUGAAUCCCCAAAAAGAUGGGGUUAAUAUGGUUGAGGAAGAAAUUAAAAAGUACACAACACUGUCAUACAGAGCUCCUGAAAUGAUCAAUUUGUAUGGGGGAAAGGCAAUUACUACCAAGGCAGAUAUCUGGGCCCUUGGCUGCUUGCUGUACAAACUCUGUUUCUUUUCCCUUCCCUUCGGAGAAAGCCAAGUCGCUAUUUGUGACGGAAGCUUCACCAUCCCAGACAACUCGCGAUACUCCCACGGCAUCCACUGCUUGAUACGAUAUAUGCUUGAACCAGAUCAAGAGCAGAGACCUGAUAUCUUUCAAGUAUCUUACUUUGCCUUUAAAAUUGCCAAAAAGGAUUGUCCAGUGUCUAAUAUUAAUAAUUCUCCUGUCCCUUCAACUCUGCCUGAACCCAUGACAGCUAGUGAGGCAGCUGCUAGGAAAAGCCAAAUAAAAGCAAGAAUAACAGAUGCUGUUGGACCAACAGAAACCUCAAUUGCACCACGACAAAGACCAAAGGCCAACUCGAGCACUGCCACUUCCAGCGUGCUGACCAUCCAGAGCGCAGCGACGCCCAUCAAAGUGCAGGUUCCUGGGGAGCUGGGCAGUCGUGGGCUGAAAGGGACCCCACGGCCAGGGCCCGGACAAGACGCCUCGCAGCCCCACGGGACCGCGCCGCACCCCCCGCAGCAGCACAGGGUGCUCCAGCAGCUGCAGCAGGGAGACUGGAGACUGCAGCAGCUGCACCACCUGCAGCACCAGCCCACCGUGCAGGAGGCCUACAUUCAGCAGUACCAGCAAGCAAUGCACCAGCAGAUGGUCCAGCAGCAGCUGUUACUGCAGUCUAUGUACCAACAGCAGCCUGCCCAGUCACAGUAUCCUGCCACGGUGCAGCAGUACCAGCAGGCUCUCCUGCAGCAGCAGGUGCUGGCCCAGCAGCGCUCACAGCAGGCACAGUCCCCCGAGUACAUCACUUCUCCUCAAGACUUCGCACCAGCCUUAAUCUCCUACCCUGGCUCCCUCCCAGUGCACGCUGGAACAGUGGCAGAUCCUCCCCACCCUGCAGGCAGGUCAGGUAUUCCUGUUGCUGAAUCAAUUGGCAGUUACCCCAAGCAGAGCAUCAAUAACCCACCUGAUAUGUCAGGCUGGAACCCGUUUGGAGAGGACAAUUUUUCCAAGUUGACAGAGGAGGAGCUGCUGGACAGAGAGUUUGACCUGCUAAGAUCAAACAGGCUGGUGGACAGGAGAGCAUCUUCAGAUAAGAAUGUGGAGCCACAUUCUGCUCCACAGACAAGUCCUCCCGAGGAUCCCUUUGGUUCAGUUCCAUUCAUUGCUCACCAAGGUUCCCCUGGAGGGCAAGUGGAUAACUCAGCCAGCUGUCAAGGAAAUAACUUAGGGACCCCAAGCAAGGCGGGAAAACUGAGCCAUGCAUUUAGAGAUCCCCGGCCAGGGAGGAAGAGUGCGGAGGGACACGCGACAAAAGGUGGUGAGGAGUCAGAGAGUGAUUUUGAAUCUGAUCCUCCUUCUCCCAAGAGCAGCGAGGAAGAAGAAGAACAGGAGGAUGAAGAAGUCUUGCAAGGAGAGAACGGAGACUUCAAUGAUGACAAUGAUACAGAACCGGAGAAUUUAGGCCACCGACCUCUCCUCAUGGACUCUGAGGAAGAGGUGGAGGAAGAGGAGGAAGAGAAGCAAAGCUCUGACUCCGAUUCUGACCGUACCAAGCCAAAACCUGUGGAAGGGCUCCUGAGCAGCAGGUUCAGAGAUGGUGUGGGCAGAGGUGACAUCAAAGAGCCCAGUCUGAUGCACACGUCCUCGACUGAGGUGCCAAGCACUGGAACCGAGGCAAACCCUGGCCAAGAAUUUGACGUGUUUGGGGCUGUGCCCUUUUUCACUCUGCAGCCCCAGGCAAGAGAGAAGAUGCACAAAGAUGUUUCUCCUCAGACAGCUUUUCCCAGCCUGAUGCAAGAGCAGGAUGACUUCGAUGUUUUCACGAAAGCUCCCUUCAGCAGAAAGGUGCCCCAGCCAGACGGGCAAGUGUCGGGCACGGAGCCCCUGCUCUCCCCCACAUCUCCACGGAGUGUUGAUAUCUUUGGCUGCACCCCGUUCCAGCCAGCCCUCCUCCCCAAGUCCCCUGGGAGCAGGGAGGACCUCUUCGGGCUGGUUCCUUUCGAAGACAUCACAGUGCAGAAACUGUCCUCCCGCCAGCGGCGCAUGAAGCAGGAGGUGUCCAAGCCCAACGGGAAGCGCCACCACGGCACCCCCACGAGCACCAAGAAGGGGCUGAAGCCGAGCUACCGCACCCCGGAGCGAGCCCGCAGGCACAAGAAGGCAGGGCGAAGGGACUCGCAGAGCAGCAAUGAGUUCCUGACCAUCUCGGACUCCAAGGAGAACAUCAGCCUCGCCCUGACCGACAGCAAAGACCGAGCCAACCCCCUGCAGACGGACGAGAGCCUGCUGGACCCUUUUGGAGCCAAGCCCUUCCACCCCCAGCACCAGGCCUUCACGGAGCUGGUGGUGCAGAGUGCACAGAGCCAGCAGCAGCAGCCGCUGGAGUUAGAUCCCUUCGGAGCAGCUCCGUUCCCUUCCAAACAGUAA